UCGAAAACGUCAACAAAGACAGUAUUGAGUAUGUUACAAAAGAGUUGUCAAAAAAUAUAGUUAAAUUUUUUAUAAAAAAAUAAUUUAAACGUUUUAUUAAGAAAGCUUGUGAAAUUCAACAAUGAACAAUAUUGAAAUCGAUGAUGUUUAUCAUCAUGACUUUACUACAGCUUCUGAAUGGGAAGUGUUUAUCGCAAGAAUAGAAGAAAUAAUUCGUGAAUGGAAAUUAUCUCACGUAACAUUAGGUCCUCCUUUAGAAUCGGGUGAUUUUAUUAAUUUAGAAUGGGAAGAAAAUACAGAAAAAUUGAAUUUUGCAGAUUUUGAAUUUUUGCUUAAACACUACCGAUUAAAAAAGGAUAAUGAUAAAUCUCAAGCAAGUGGUAGUGCUUUAUCAGAAGAGAAUGAGGAAUUAUGGACUCAGUGUCAAAAAGAUAUAUUCAACCUAACAAAUGAUUUUGUACAGUUGGAUCAAGAUGAUUUGUCAAUUGCUCAAUACUAUGGAGUACGAGAAUUCAUAUUAUUAAUGCCAGCUAAACGAAACUCGAUAACUGAUGAAACUAAAAUAAAAAUUUUACUUAGUUCUUUAACAAUCGCAGUGAGUAAUGCACAUUGUGAAAUUGCAGCCUUCGUACAAGUUUUGGAACAGUGGCAAAAAUUUUACCUUGGUAUCAACAUUGGAAAAGGGUCAAAAACUCACAUGAAUAUGAUUCAUUUGAAGAAAAUUCCUCCUCAUUGUAGACAUUUUUCAGGGUUAUUAACUUUAUUUAAACAAAAGAUUAACGAAGGUUAUGGAAUAUGGUUAGAUCCUAUCACUGUAUCAGUCAGAUUCUCAUACACAUUAAAAGAUUGGACAAGCCACACGUGGACACAAGAACCACCAGAUUUUGACUUUAUGGGGGGGGAAACUCUUGGUGUGGAUGAGCUAGGAAAACUACCAUUUGGAGCUACUUUUGAUCCAAUCAAGGAAUUUCAUUUAUUUGUAAGCUGGCCAAAGUUAUUUGAAAAAGGUUUUGUUGAUAGUGAAGUAUGCAGUGACCUGGAGCCUCAGGCAGCUCCGGAAUGGUCACUGCAAGUUGAAAUGGUUUCUUCUCCUGCCUGCUUAUUAGGAGAAUAUCUUGCACAUUUUAUACAGUUAUGUAAUAAUCAAAAAAGUCUAGUUGAAUUAUUGGGAGAAGGCGCUGCUUAUAUAGAUAGUGAAUCCCAUUCUUUUGGUAAUGCAUUUAAUAUACUCACAGAAUCAAAAAUUCCUUCAAUAUCAACUGUAGUCAGCAGAACGACUUCUAAAUCACGAAAAAACGUCGAAGGUCCGAUAACAGAAGAUGUAUUGCUGCCGAUACUCUACUUUCUAUUCCCCGAUGCCGAGGAAACGCAAAAGGCACCGUACUGCGAGAAUAGUAGCUACAGCGUCGACGAUGACCAGUGGCGAGGCAUCAAAACUUGCGCUAUCGACAGUUUGGUGUGGCGACUGUCAAUUGUAGCAUCCCACUGUGCUUACAACUUAGGUGGCUUGCAAGCACUCGCACAGCUGUGGCACGAGUUCGUGCAGGAAGUGAGGUUCAGAUGGGAGAAGGGCAUCACUGUACCAGGAGUCGGCCCCGGGUUCCCGGACUGCGUGCGCACCUGCCUGCUGCACCAGAAGCUCCAGAUGAUCAACUGCUGCAUCGCCCGCAAGAGAGCCCGCGAGGACUGUGAGAAGAAGGAGCAGAGACUGGACGUCGCCGAGAGCAGUGGCGAUUCCGAGGAAGACGAGUUCUUCGAGUGUCUGAACGAAGAGUCGCGAAGCGAGCAGCAAUUACCGUGGAACCGGCCCCUCGGCAGACUCGCCAAGCACCCCUCUCUUCGGCUCGUGCGAACCGGCGAAGCGCUCUAUCUGCCCGUCACGCAGGACCCCGUACCCAAGACCGAAGACCAACUGGAGGAGGACGCCCAAGUUAUGAUGCAGCUCGGCACCGACAAGACUGGCUCCGAGAUGAGAGCCAGGCUCAUGAGUGCCUCCCUGCUCUCCGAUAUGGAAUCUUUCAAGGCGGCGAACCCAUCGGCCCAGCUGGAGGACUUCAUCAGGUGGUACUCGCCGCGCGACUGGAUCGAGGAGGAGGGUCUGGACGAGUGGGGCCAGCCAGCGGGACGCCUGUCGCAGCGCAUGCUCAUCGCCAACAACCCGUGGUCGAGCACGUGGGAGUCGGCGCAGCCGGUGCCCGCGCACCGCCAGAAGCGCCUGUUCGACGACACGCGCGAGGCCGAGAAGGCGCUGCACUACCUGGCCUCGAGGCGCAUCGGUCAAGUGAGCCAGCUCUUGCUGCCGGUGCUGGCCCACGCCGCCCUCGCCACUCUCCGCGAACAGAAGGUCGAGGCGAUGCCCAAUCUGCUGGACGUCGUGCAGAGCAUACACAAUCGGCUGCAGUACGCCACCAAGCCGAUCAGUCAGAAGCUGCAAGUCUACGAGGAAAUAACCAGGGAUAUCGAAAUCCUCGAGACGCUGAUAGCCCAGGUGAAGUCUCUGCAGCUGAAAUUGGCGCCUGCCGGCGAAAGUCAUUCCCACGACGAGGAAUUCACGUCUUUCCUCGUUCAAUUGAUGCGCUCUAAGGAGGUUUCCGUUCCCAAAGCCUCCGCUGGCCCGCUUGGCAAUCGCAUCACCAGCAUGUUCUUCGAGGCUCAGAAGGCGGCCUAUCUAAUGACAACUGGCAUUGCUGAAGCGGACCUGUCGCCCGACAAGAUUAAGCCCUUCUCCCGACCUACCUCCAAGGAAUACAUUCUACGCGGUAUGUCUCCCCGGCCUACGAUCGCCUCUACACAGCAACCGCACCGCCUGUAUGUCAGCAUCGACCGAGACAGUAUUCGUAUGGCUGGCGCCUUCUCUGAGGAUAUCACAUUUUAUUAACUAUUGUUGGUAGU